AAUUGUUAUAAGUUGUUGAUAUCUAAGUAUGAGUUAUCAAAAUCAUCUGCUUUUACUGAAAUAAAUAUAUGUUAUGAGAAACAUCAUAACACACUUUUAGAUUAGUAUAGAAAAAAAGUGUACACAAAGCAUGUGGUUUUUAACAAUUUUAACUUAUUUGGCAUUUACCAUACAAAUAUGUUUUAUAACAGUAGGAUUAGCCUCUGGAUUAUUAUAUUUAGCUGAAGUAGUGGAAGAGUACACAGUCAUAGCCAAGCAAGUGAUAACAUGGGCUAAUUCAAUCACACUGAUUGUAUUCAUCCUUUUGUGGGCAGUAGAAGGGUUUCCAAAUACCCUAUCGAUAUGUGGUAUUCUGAGCCAAAUCAACCAUUUCUUGAUACUGCAGAAGUUUCCAUAUGUAUCAUUCUUGUCACCAACAUUUAUCACAGCCAUUUCCUUCAUUGUUGUUAAUCAUUACUUGGCUUUCCAAUAUUUUGGAACAGAGUUUUAUUCUUUCUCAGAGGUAAUGGCAUAUUUCACAAUAUGCUUGUGGAUAGUACCUUUUGCUCUCUUUGUAUCAUUGUCUGCCAAUGAUUAUGUGUUACCUACCUCUACAGAUAGAACAGAAGGAGAUGUGGUGACAAAUUACUUUUCCAAGAAAGGAAAACGUUAUGGUGUCUUAUCCCUAUUUAAUUAUGCCAAAGAGUCCCUUUUGCCUUCACAGAGGAAAAAAGGGUUUUGAAAUAUCAUAAAUCAUCCAAGAUGUAAUGUAAAUAGGAAGCAUGAACACACAUUUUGCAAUAAUUUAUUUAAUUUGGUAUAAUAGUUGUACAAUAAAUAAACGUGAAAAAUAGUUAAA